AGUGCUGACGGGAGGUUGAGCACAGGGAUGUGAUCGGACCAGUAAAGAUGACCCUGCUGGCGGGCGAUGGCUCUGAUUAUGACUACAGCGCCCUGAGCUGCGCCUCUGAUAUCUCUCUGAACCGUCCUCCCCAACAAGAGGUGGAAGCUCGCAAAGGGGCCUUCUACAAGAGGGCACAGCCCGCCCCUCAGCUCAGCGCCGUCCAGGACAGCACAGCGCUGUUCAGCGCCCGCAAGCUCCACGCCAUCAUCAACGUGGGCGGCCUGCGCUACCAGCUGCCGUGGACCACCUUAGAGGACUUCCCCCUGUCCCGCCUGGGCCAGCUGCACCUCUGCAGCAGCUUCGACGAGAUCAUGCGGAUCUGCGACGACUACGACGUCACCCACAACGAGUUCUUCUUCGACCGCAGCCCCUGUGCCUUCCGCACCAUCCUGACCUUCCUGCGGGCCGGGAAGCUGCGGUCCCUCCGGGAGAUGUGCGCCCUCUCCUUCCGGGAGGAGCUGCUGUACUGGGGCGUCCCCGAGGAGAGCCUGGAGUGGUGCUGUCGCCGGCGCCUGCUGCAGCGGAUGGAGGAGUUUGAGGCCAUGGAGCGGGCGGAGGAGGAGGAGCUCCUGGAGGACCUGCUGGAUUCAGACAGCGGUCACGGGGAGACUGCGGCCGAGUCCAGACUCAACUGGUGCAUGGGGAAGCUCAGGGACAUGGUGGAGAGGCCGCACUCCGGCCUCCCCGGGAAGAUCUUCGCCUGUUUGUCCGUGCUGUUCGUCACCAUCACCGCAAUCAACCUAUCCAUCAGCACCAUGCCUGCCAUGAGGGAGGAGGAGGAGGAGGGCACAUGCUCCCAGAUGUGCUACAACAUCUUCAUCGUGGAGACGGUGUGCGUGGCCUGGUUCUCCCUGGAGUUCAGCCUGCGCUUCAUCCAGGACCGCAGCAAGCUGACCUUCCUGCGGCAGCCGCUGAACCUGAUCGACGUGGUGGCCAUCCUGCCCUACUACAUCACGCUGGUGGUGGACAGCACCUCCAAAGGGGAGAAGCGGCUCGGCUCCGGGAACAGCUAUCUGGACAAAGUGGGGCUGGUGCUGCGCAUCCUGAGGGCCCUGCGCAUCCUCUACGUGAUGCGGCUGGCUCGCCACUCGCUGGGCCUGCAGACGCUGGGGCUGACGGCACGCCGCUGCACGCGCGAGUUCGGACUGCUCCUCCUCUUCCUGUGCGUGGCCAUCGCGCUCUACUCCCCUCUGCUGUACUUGAUCGAGAACGAGAUGGCCUCCACGCAGGAGUUCACCAGCAUCCCCGCCACCUACUGGUGGGCCGUGAUCACCAUGACGACGGUGGGCUACGGGGACAUGGUGCCCAGGAGCAUCCCGGGCCAGGUGGUGGCGCUGAGCAGCAUCCUGAGCGGCAUCCUCCUGAUGGCCUUCCCCGUCACCUCCAUCUUCCACACCUUCUCGCGGUCCUACGUGGAGCUGAAGCAGGAGCAGCAGAGGCUCCUGCAGAGGAGGACGCACUUCCUGCUGCGGAGCCGCAUGGCCGGCCUCGGCAGCAACCUCUCCCUAGACAGUGACAUGCUCUUCCCCAUGGGGGGCUCCGACGGCAGAGACAUGGACGACUGAGUCCGGAAAGAGGAGGGGACAGAAAUGUAGCACAAAAACGAAGGGAAUUUGGUUGAUUAUUGCUUUUUUAGAACAAAACUUCUUGACAAAAAGUUCUAUGCUGUUGGAAAGCCCGUCAACUUUCGCAUCCUUCCACAUUUUUAAGGAACAUGCAUUUGUGG